CAUCUCUUGCCACCUCAGACUCGCUGUCGCUCCAACUCUUUCUCCUCCUCUUCGUCCUCCUCCUCUUCGUCCUCCCUUCUGGGCUUUGGCACUCGCCCCUCCGUAAUCCCUUCUGCCGCUCGCCAGAUCGGGCUUCUCCUUCCCGCAAGCUCUCUUUCGAACCCUGCGUCGUUAGAUUUGGCCCAGUCUUUGCGUCCCGGAGAGCUCGAGGUUUAGGGUUCUUCCCCUUCCCCCCGUGGAUCGUUUCAUGUUCCUCUGAUCUCGGCCAAGGUACCAUGAAUCUGAAGGUGCAUGUUAUGGAUUGGCUGACUGGACUCCCCUGACUGGUUCAUAUGUUCAAGUUACAGUUGUUGGUGUGGUUUCUUGUUGUGCAAUGAAAGAUCUUCUCUGGCCCAAGUCAUACACCAUUGAUGAGGUUUUUGCAAAAGCUCAGGCUUUUCUAUAAUAGACCUCAGAUUGGUUGUUACUGUCUCGAGGAGUGCAGUGCAUCAGCAGCACCAAAAGGUAUCAACUUUUGUUGUACUUGUGGGCUCUUAAGUAUCGAUGCUAGGGGAGAGUAUGCGUGGAAUUUGUGUUUCGUGUGAUGCCCCUGACCAGAUUCAGUGCCGAUGCAUUUGGUGUGGUGACCAUUUCUCUUGUCAUUCUGUUUGAUAUCCUUGCUAUACGAUGCAUAUACCAAGUUGCCUUAUUGCGGGUGCGGAUCCAGCGACGAGAUUUUCACCGGCUUGGUUACUUUAAUGGGCCCUGGGUUAUACGCAUUUUUCUGGCCCUAGUAGCAAUUUUGUGGAGCUCGAGUGAACUAGCUAGAUUAAGUUUUUUAAAAGGGAGGCUUUUUUCCAGCAUAACAUGGCAGAGGAAUAUGUGCAAGCUCUACAUCAUCUUCAACCUUGGUUUCUCAGAACCUACAGUCUUCCUCACACUUGUGUUCCUCUUACGUGCCUCUUUGCAGAGGAGGGAGUCGGGUACUCUAAGCCAAGGAUGGAACAAGAAGACCAUUGGUUAUGUGUUCCUUUUCUGCCUACCGAUCUUCAUCAUGCAAGUUAUCCUGGUUUUUGUUGGACCCAAGGGCUUCAACGAGGACAGGAGUGAUGGGAGAGCAAAGAAGUUCAACUACUUCACAAGAGCUAGUGUCUUGAUUGGAGAUGAGUGUGUCUGCACUUAUCCUCUGUUUAGCACUAUUCUUCUUGGGCUUUUUCAUGCUGCUCUGAUCAGCUAUGCCGUAUACGUUGGACUGCAUAUAUUGUCUUCAGCAAUCAACAAACGGUUACUCCGAAGGCUCUAUUGGCUGGUAUCCUCAAUUAUUUUUUCUCUUCCAGUGAGGGUGCUCCUCCUUGGUCUCUCUGUCCUACCUCAUCCGGGCAACUUGGCUUAUGAGGUGAUUGUUUUCUUAGCCUUUCUGGUCAUGUUGUUUUGCGCUGUGAUUGGCAUCGUUAUACUGGUCUACUUCCCAGCGGAAGAUUCAGUGGCCCUGAGAGACCUAGAGGAAAGAGAGAUGGAAGAGGUACCCUAUGAUGAUUAUUACUAUGACAGUGCUUCACUUAUAGUAAGCCAGAACUGCCACGACACCAGGAGAAACUCUGAUGCCUCUACAAAGAGAGGCUCCAUAUCUUUUCGCACGAUGAUCAGGGAUGAUCCCCCUGCUUUGGAUGGCUUUGAUGGGACCAGCAUGUCCUUUCAAGGCGCUCUUCAAGUUGGUUCACCCUCAGGUUCUUCUCCAACACCUGCAAAGCCCAUGCUGCCGCUUAGAGAAGUCCCUAGAUACUAGGAAGAAACUCCCAAGUGCAGCUACCCCCUUUACAUUUGUGGUUUCAUUUUGAAAUUAAUGAAAUUAGUUUUAUGGUAAUGAAGUAAGUUGUUUAAAAUUUUGAUCAGUGGUGAUAUGUUGAUGGGGACGGACCUUCAUAGGGUCUUCUUGCAUAGUAUCAUAAUGGUAAAAAAACAUCAUGUGAGCUUU